UGAUGCUUCCCUGUUGCGGAGGAACACUUUGCGCCAUUUUCUGCAGAACACAUAAACCCCUCAAAGCUGUCUUCCAUGCGGGAAAAUCAUCUUCCUCCAUAGCCAAAUUUCUCAUUCCUUAUCAUUCAAUUGCUUAUUACUACCCAAAAUCUCGUUACAGAUAAAGAGGGAAUUCGGAAUGUCGUGGCUAAGAUUGGCAGUGAGCAAAGCAGUGGAGGUUGGGAACAACAAUAACCUCACUCGGGUCGUCAAGAAUUAUGCCGACACCGUCGUUCACCACGCCGGUCAAGCCGUUGCGGAGGGUGCCAAAAUUCUCCAAGAUCGCAUUGGGGCACGGAAUUUCAGAAGCAUCAGGCAGACUAUACAAAGAUUGGAAGAAGCUGCUGUGUCUUGUAGGGGCCCUGAAAGAGCUCAGUUGUUGAAAAGAUGGUUGGUUGUGCUUAAAGAGGUCAAAAAAUUAUCUGAUGCACCCUUGGAGGAGAAAGCAAAGACCCUGGAGCAACAUCUUGCUUUUGAAGAUGCGAAGGAGACCCCAAGAAAGCCUGCUAUUAUUUUGUAUUACGAUCCUGAUGUUGGAGGGGAGCCAAUGAACUUUUGUGAGGUUUUUCUUCAAAGUCAAGCUCUGGAGGGAAUUACAUUAUCUAUGAUUCUUGAAGCGCCAAAUGAGGAAGAAGUGUCCCUUCUCCUGGACAUGUUUGGAUUAUGUCUAAUUGGGGGGAAGGAAGUUCACAAUGCAAUAGUUAGCAGCAUACAAGAUCUGGCAAAAUCUUUUUCCAGCUAUGAUGAUGAAGUAUUGGUGAAGCGGGAGGAAUUGCUCCAAUUUGCUCAAAGCGCAAUUUCAGGGUUGAAGAUCAGCGCUGAUCUUGGGAGGGUAGAUACUGAAUUGUACAAUUUGAAGACAAAACUUGAAGGAAUGUCAGCUUCCCCAAUGUCAUCAAAUGCAGAUUAUGGCAAGACAUCAGAAGAAACCACAAUAGAAACAAUCGAGGCAUUGAAAGCAGCACUCUCACACAUACGAAUUUGUUCUAGAGUGGAAGGACUUCUGCUGAAGAAGAAAUUAUUAAACAAUGGAGAUUCUCCUGAAAUCCAUGCUCAGAAGAUUGAUAAACUGAAAGUUUUGUCAGAGUCUCUUUCAAACUCCUCUGUGAAAGCUGAAAAGCGCAUUACAGACCAUAGAUCGCAAAAAGAGGAAGCCCUAAAUGUUCGUAUCACCAAAGCAAGUGAAUCUGGUGAAAAAGAGAAGGAACUAGCUAUAGAAAUUGCAGAACUUGAAAGACAGAGAGAUGAUAUUGAAGCUGAAUUGAAAAAGGUUAAUAUCUCCUUGGCUGCUGCACAUGCACGCCUUCGUAAUAUGGUGGAAGAGAGAGAUCAGUUUGAGGAGGCCAACAACAAGAUUGUCGCACAUUUGAAGACAAGGGAAGACGAGCUGUUAAAAUCCAUUGCCUCGUGUAAGGCAGAAUCAAAUGUUUUGAGUAUUUGGCUUAAUUUUCUGGAAGAUACGUGGAAUAUCCAAUGCCUAUAUAGAGAAAAUAAAGAAAAGGAGGUCAAUGAUGCGUUGGAAAACCAUGAAGGUUACUUUGUGAACUUGGCUAUUGAUCUCCUAUCUGCUUAUAAGAAAGAGUUGGAGUCGUCAAUCAGCCGUAUUGAAAAAUUUGUGGAGAAUUUAAAGAAUCUGAGGCAGAGGUCGGAGGAAUCCACACUGGAAAAUGAUGAGUCAAAAGUUCUAAGCCCUACAAAUAAUCUUGAAAAGGAAUAUCUAGGCUAUGAAGCAAAGAUUAUUACUACCUUCAGUGUGGUGGAUAACAUGAAAGAGCAGUUUUUGGCUCAGCAAGCUCAAGUUUCCAGGAAAGAUGAUUCUAGAGUUAAAGAUUUGUUUGAUGAUAUCGAAGAACUACGGGAAAAAUUUGAAUCUAUCGAGAGACCCAAUCUAGAAAUCGAAACUCCACCUCCAAAACCCGAAAAUGAAUCUAGAGAGGAGGUGGAGAGUAGUAAUGUUCCCCAACCUUCGAUGGAAGACAAGAAGAACUCAAAGAUCGAAACUGGUAAGCAUCCUGAACUACCUGCAGUCAAGGUAGAACAAACACUAGAUGCUGCAGCUGAGCUAGCAAAGCUGGAAUCAGAAUUCGGGAAAGUCAGUCACGACUAUUCAUCAGAAGACAUUGGUGAAUGGGAGUUCGAUGAGCUCGAAAAGGAACUGAGAUCAGGUGACUCAGAGAACUAGCUGUCAUAUUAUGUACUCAUGAAUGAACCAGCCUAAUUUAUUAUGAAGAAAGGUCAUAGGUUUGCUUUUGGCAUACCCCCAACCCCGAAGCUGCAUGAUUUCAUCAUAAUCUUUCCUUUGUAAUUGUUCUCUGUAUAUUUUCUGGUUUUUUAAUUUGGUCACUUGUAUAAACACUGGAACAUUUAUGUUGUAAUAUAAAGCCAAAGAAGGGAAACAGUCGAAUCAAGAAGACUUGAUAUGAAAGUAAG